AUGAAUAAAACGGGUAGAGAUGGGCCUGCAAACAAUUGCAGCACGAAGGUGAGCAGUUAUUUUCGAUGAACUCUGAAAUCAAGAAAAAGUCAAUUUCGGACUGAUAAAAGAGUUAAGACAGUUGUUUCUUGCAUUUUCUGUUUCCGUUAAGGAUUAUGGUCCAGCUCGUGACUUUAUUUGCGAGGUGAUUUCCGGCGAUUUGAGUUAAAAAGAACGAUUUUUCUCCGAUAAAUAUUUUGAAGCGAUAAAAUCCUUCUUUACUUCUCAUUUCGUGUGGUUGCAGGUUUCGAAAUCGGAACGGUCCGGGCUUCUUCCUACAGUGACUUUCAAAAUGCCGAAGAAAAUCGUCAAAAAGAGCCGUUCUCAGAAAUUUUUGGAUGUCGUCUUCUCCCUUAUUCCGAUUCUUGGAUGGCUGCCAAAGUAUAAAUUGAAAGACAAUUUGGUCUAUGAUGCCAUCGGUGGGAUGACUGUGGGCAUCAUGUCUGUUCCGCAAGGUUGGUUUGAAGAAUCUGAGCCUGAAAAAAGGAUAUUAAUCAAUUUUUGUUUGUGAAAACUGUUAAAAAACGAGUAUACAGUUAGUCAGAAAAAAAGAUGGAUUAACCAAAACUCCCUUUGUUUCUGAGCUUCUUUUCCACUUUUCUUCUCGGGCUUUGAUUUCUGUUUUAUUACUAGUUAAAAUCUUAGUAAAUCUUUCACUCUGUGAAAAGUUCUGUUUUUGCGAUUUUUUGAAAAAUUGUUUCUUCUUUGUUUAUACGACUAAAAAUAGUUUUGAGUUUAUUAGUAAGAAAUGCAAACUGCGCGAAAGCUUUCACAGUAUUAUUCAAGUUUUUUUCGAAUCACUUCAAUUUUUUUCAUAAUCUCAGGAAUGGCCUACGCCACCUUAGUUGGACUUCCCCCAGCUAACGGCCUUUACACUUCUCUCUUCCCUCCAAUCAUUUACAUGAUUUUCGGAACUUCUCGUCAUGUUUCCUUAGGUAAAAAUAUUGGCUCUUUUUAAUAAAAAGUUUUUCUGCAGGUGUUUUUGCGGUUGUAAGCUUAUUGACGGGUAGCUGCAACAUACGGGUGACAGAAAUCAUUGCACAGGAGCGGAAUAUAACAGUUAGCUUCGAUGAUCCUCAAAUCACUGCCAUUUCGGUGUCGAUCGUGACUUCACUUGCUCUCCUUGUCGGAAUCAUCCAAGUGAAUUAUUCUCAAAAUUGAAAAAUAUAUCCUUAUCGGUUGCAGAUCACUAUGGGUCUUGCUAGACUGGAUUUCCUGACCACAUAUCUUUCUGAACAAGUGAAGGAACAAUUAAAUAACUUUUGAAAGAAGAGUUCAGAUAGUUCAAGGCUUCAUGACGGGUGCCGCUUUCCACGUUUUCACGGCUCAAAUCAAUAAGAUUCUCGGCGUCCCUCUGCCCCGAAGGAAUGGAUUUGGCAAAUUUUUCUUUGUAAGUUUUAUUACCUCACUCGGAAAAUAACUAUGAUUCUUAGAUGUAUUAUGACUUCGCAAUGAGAUUGAUCAACGAUCAGCAGAACAAUUACACAAUAAUCGCUUCCGUAGUUUGCCUGAUUCUUCUUUUCUCGGCUAAGCAGUGGAUUGGACCAUUAUGCGCGAAAUGCUGCAAAAUACCAAUUCCAAUUGAUCUUUUUGUGGUAUGGCGUAAUUCAAAAUUCAGUCAAGAAUUAUAACUUUCAGGUGAUUUUUGGCACUUUGAUCUCGCACAUGUUGCACUUUAGUACGAAGUUUGGCAUCAAAGUGGUUGGAAAUAUUCCAACAGGGUAAUUUCAAAAAAGUCUUCUCAGUUUCAUUCAUAUUUUUGCUCCAGUUCAGGGCUGAAGUGCUCACAAAUAAUUGCUUUGCUCUGAGGCUUCUUGAUUUUUUUGCAGGAAUUUUUAAGAAGAAGCUUGAACAUUUUUUGAUUCAUUUUUGAUAAUUUGAGUUUUUUUUUCAGGAUUCCAGCUCCAGCCGUUCCUGACAUCACAUUAUUUCAUUAUUUUGUUUCUGACGCCUUCGCCUUGGCUAUAAUCAUUCUGGUUGUGACGAUUUCCAUGGGCAAGCAAUUUGCUCUCAAACACUCCUAUGAAAUUGACGUCAGACAGGUAAUCUCAAAAUAAAGGUGGAAAUCAAAAAAAAAAAGCUUAUGACAGGAAUUUUUCGCUCUCGGAAUUGUUGAAACCGUGAGUUCGUUUUUGCCAUGUUGGCCUUCUUCAACAGCUCUGGCUAGGACGUUGGUCUAUGAAGCUGCAGGAACGAAAACUCAAGUAAAGUGCACUUUUAAUGACGUUUAUGAUAAAAACAUUUCCAGCUAGCAACAAUUUUCUCUACUUCAAUACUUUUGUUGGUUAUUUAUGUUCUUGGGCCAUUUGUGCAGGAGCUUCCAGAAGUGAGAACACUUUCAUUGUUGAUAUUUCAAGCAUUUCGAUUAACUCUGAAAAUUCUCCAAGCAAAAAGGUAAAUGAUCAUUCUCUCCAGAUUUUUCAACGAUUUUGAUUUGAUCGUCCAAAAACAAUUGGAGAAGCCAAAAUUUUUUUUCCAACCAAUAACUCCCAUGAAUGCCAAAAAUUGUCAAAAUCUCGAUUUCAGUGCUUCCUCGCUUGUAUUGUGAUUGUCGCACUCAAAGGCAUGUUCAUGCAGCUCCAGCAAAUCUCAUUUUUGUGGAAAAGAUCCAAACUUGAUUGCGUGAGUUCUUCAUUUCACUUGGUAGAAUUAUCAAAAACUUCCAGGCGGUAUUUAUGAUAACACUCGUUGCCACGGUGGUCAGCGAUAUCUUGCCUGGACUUUUGAUCGGAACAGUCGCUGGGGCUCUUCUUGUGUUCUACAGGUUCCAAGCGUGA